UCUAUAUCUGUAGUCAUUGAAACAAGUUAGGGAAAAUGGCUGAUGAUACAUUGGGUCAUGUUUUGACAAUUUUACUUGUUUGAUUACGGUUGUUGGGAAAACGUCUGUUAUAUUUUAAAGUAUGAUUUCGAUUAUACCGUGAGGUACGUAUUUUAAUGAAGACUGAAAGUAUCUAUCGAUACGUGGAUUUGAGCUGAUCAAGAAAAAUCUUGUUAAAACUUGUCUGGACGUGUUUCAAGUAGCUGCCAUUAAGAAAUUACUCAUUAUGAAUAUGUGAAGUAAUUCUUGAAUAACUUUUCUGAAGAAAUUAUAUUAUAGGAUUUUUAUACUAUUGAUGAUCAAAAAAUUCAUUGGUUGGUAGACUUAUGUGAUAUAAUAAGAUGAUAUUGUAUAAUGUGAAAUUGUGCAUAAGAUUUUUAUAAGAGAAAACUACAAAUGAAAUACUUUUGAGGCAAUAAAAUGCCUGUCAAUCCAUUUAAUAAUGGGACAGCAUUUCGCUAGUCUCAGAGAAUUUUUUAGAAUGGAUAGUGAAAGGCAGUCUUCCGAAGUGUGUGCUAAUGUUAUUCAGUCUGCACAAUUAGAAAUGAUGAAUCAGGAUGGUACAAAAGGUUUACAUGAUAAUGAAAAUAAUGGAAAUGUACCUGCAUUGAAUUCAAAUUUAAUUCUACAAGAAGAAUGCAAGGUGGAUGGAAAUUUGGACAAUGAUCGUCUACACUUAGAUCUAGAUAAUCAUAACUCUAGAUUUGAAACAUUGUACAGUCAACCAGUUGAUGCUCAGGACUCAAAGCAAAAUUGUAGCAAUGGAAAUUUUGCUACUGAGAUAUGUUUCAAGCUACAGGAGGCAUGUUGCAGUAGUUCUGGGUGUAGUAAUACUAGCACAAGUUCAGAAGAUAGUCCUGUGAAUCCUCCUUUGAGGAGAUCUUCUAAAACGUUAUCGUUUGGAAAACGAAAAGGUAAACAACGUAAUAAGGAUCAAAGUCCAGUUUGUACCCAUGUCUUGUCUUCAAAAAAGAAACGAAGUAGUUGGGUACUGAAAUUUAACUGUGCUAAAAGUAAAGGUUCUAAAAGCACAGAUAUUAUUUCUGGUCAAGGAAAUAGUAGUUCAGAUUGUGUGUGCACUGGUUAUAGAAGAACCGAAGAACCUCCUAUGGAAGCUAGCGUCAUGUUUAAUAGUCGAUCUGCUCCGCAAAGUCCAAUACUUGGACCUCUUCCACCCAGUCCUGUAAUUGAUCUUUCAAGAUUUAAUCCAGAGGAAUUUCCAAUGGAGGACUGUGACGAAAGAGCUCGAUUACAACGGGCACGAGAAAUAGAGGAAGGCGUUGAACCUCCUCCUGGUUAUAAACCUAACCUUUCAGGGAUUCAAGUACACCCAAAUGGAAUAACAGUGGACAGUUUAGCAGCUUUAUUCCAAGCACACGCUGGUAUACAUGCUGCUGCUCUCACAGCCUUAUCACAAAUUGAUUUUGCCUUAAUGUCUACUAUCGAAAGGCCAGCACAUACGCAGGUCGAUUAUGUACAUUGUCUUGUGCCAGAUCUUAAAUCAAUUACAGCUUGUUCUUUCUAUUGGGGAAAAAUGGAUAGAUACGAAGCUGAACGUUUGUUAGAAGGUAAACAAGAAGGCACAUUCUUGUUGCGAGAUUCAGCCCAAGAGGAAUUUUUGUUCUCUGUUAGUUUCCGAAAAUAUGGACGAUCUCUGCAUGCCCGCAUUGAACAAUGGAAUCAUAAAUUUAGUUUCGAUUCGCAUGACCCAGGAGUUUAUGCAUCGGAAACGGUAUGUGGUUUAAUAGAACACUAUAAGGAUCCAUCUUGUGGUAUGUUUUUCGAACCUAUGCUUACGAUACCAUUGCAUCGAAAUUUCGCUUUCCCUUUACAACAUUUAUGUCGAGCGGUAAUUACCACACGGACGACGUACGAUGGUAUAAAUAAGUUGCAGUUGCCAAAGACGCUUAAAAGCUAUCUCAAGGAAUAUCAUUACAAGCAAAGGGUACGAGUUAGGCGAUUAGAUACUGAAAAUGAUUUACAAUCAGAUGAAAAAUCCAUAUCAUAUUUACCUUUAAUAUGAAUCUCUGUAUUCAUAUUCAAUAGAGUCGACAUUAUUUUAUUGAUCUUGCAUUCGUGUCUAUUACUUUACUGCAGUCAUACAUAUAUGGCAUAUGUACAGUAGCGGGACUAACAUCAGUAUACGGAGUAUCGAUACUUAUAUAAAUAAAUGUAUCAAUUUUUCGUAAGCGUUGCAAAAUUUAAGAAAUAAUAUUUUCUUUUCUAAUGGUAUCCGUCCUUUAUUUUUCUCGUUUUUAAAUUUCCUUUUAAGGAAUUGUUACAGCCUUGCGAUUAUAUUUACAUUCCUAUAAUAAGUAUCGAUAAUUUCAAACGUAACGAUUAAUUUAAAAGAUUGUAAGAAUAAGUGAUGAUGUGGGCCCACUACUUUCGUAUGCGCAGUAUUACAAUGUUGAAGAUCGAAAUUUUUUGAAAUAUUUCAUUCAACAAAGAAAUCGCAAUACUAGCAAGUAAAUCUUACAUAUUCCACAUAAAAGGAAAGAACCCAAGUACAUAUAAUUGAAACAGUAGUUAACAUUUUCACUUUAUCAUCAUGUCUUACUAUUUACAUCACAAACAUACAAGUGCAUUGAGUUAAACACAAUAACAUGUAAAUACCUUAUAACAGCAGCUUGAAACACACGACGUAUUAUAAGUUUUAUAUAUUUUAGUAGUUAAAUUUUUUCUUACUAAGUUUUUCGUAAUUUAAUUUUGAUUGAUAUUCGUUUGAAACUAUAAGUUAGUUUAUAUCUUUGUGCUUAGAAGAAAUUGAAAAUGUUAAAAUUUCUAAUACUCUAUUUUCGAGUACAUUCGAUGAAUUAAGGUUUUUUAGGAAAUCUGAUUUGUAUCACUCUCUUUGUGCCUACUUAUUACAUGAAACAUGAUUCAUAUUGAAAACUAUCAGUGUUCGUGUUUAUCAUUAUUAAAUAAAAA